AUGGGUACGGUUGAAUUUCAGGCUGUAGUUCUGGCGGCCGGCCGCGGAACAAGAUUACCAGAGCUCACAAGCGAUCAUCCUAAAUGUCUACUGCCCUUGGGACCGUAUCCAAUGCUGUGGUAUCCGCUCCAGAUGCUACAACAACAUGACUUCCAGGAGGUAAUUGUUGUUGUCCUCGAGUCUCAGAAGACGGAAAUUCAGCAAACUCUGGAGAAAACACCCCUCAAGCUUAAAAUAGACUACGCAACAGUACCCAGCGAUUCGGAUUUUGGCACGGCGGAUAGUUUACGGCAUAUCCAUGAUAGGAUAAAGUCUGAUGUAAUCAUUGUUUCGUGCGACGUCGUGACGAAUGCAAAACUCUACCCAGUAGUGAGCAAAUUCAGAGCACAUAAUGCUUCCGUGGCGGCACUUUUCUUUCCCAGCGGGUUUGAGGCCGGCAUUACCGUCCCUGGGCCGAAAACUAAACACAAACCAGAGAGGGAUUUGAUCGGAAUUCAUCCAGACUCAGAACGACUCCUGUUCCUAGCAUCCACUAGUGAUUUCGAUGAAGAGUUCGUGAUAUCUGGGCAUUUGCUGAGGAAAAACGAGAAAAUGAAUAUUCAUAGCCGCUUGGUUGAUUCACACAUUUAUGUGAUGAAGAAGUGGGUUAUUGACUAUUUGACAAAGAAAGACAAUUUCUCCACGCUCAAGGGUGAAUUCUUGCCUUACAUAAUUAAAAAACAGAUGUCCCGAAUGAGUCAUCCAUCGCACAUUGAAGCAACAUCUGAAGUUGGGGUGAACUUAAAGUUUGAAGACGAUAUUUUUCAAUAUGCUCCUUCAAAUAAACUCGAAGCCCAAAUUGUUAAGGCCUCUCUGUAUAAUGAUUCUGUCUACAAAGAACCUUAUGGCGGUGAUCUAGUAAGAUGUUAUGCAAUUAAGGCGCCAAAAGAUUGCAUCGGUGUUCGCACGAAUACGACUUUAUCCUAUUAUGCGCUCAAUUCGAAGAUAUCCGGUUUAUGGCCACAAUUGUUCCCUAAUAAUGAUUACCCACUGAUAUCGCCUAAUGCUGUUGUAGAGUCCAGACAAAUUAAGGACAUCGCCGUUGCAGACAAUGCAAAAUUAUCUGAGAAAACAUCUCUUACUUUGACGACGUUUGGACUUCAUUGUACGGUUAACCCGAAAGUUAUUAUCACAAACAGUGUCAUCAUGGGGCAUGCUGUUAUUGAAGAAGGAUGCAAAAUUAGUAACUCAAUUGUUUGUAAUCGUGCCGUAAUUAAGAAAGGAUCCAUUCUUAAAAACUGCCUAAUUGGACCGAGUUUCGUGGUAGAUGAAGAAUCGACAAAAGAAAUGGUGCACUUAACAAAUGCCGGCGGUUUCAUGGAAAUUGAAUAAAUUAUGUUUUACU